UUGAGCCGGGAUUGGGCUCCCGUUCCGAAUGUGAACUCGGCUAUUUAUUGGACUCGGAAGCUCGAGAGAAUAAAUCCUAGUCUUGAAAUUUUUGAUCAUUCGGUGCGUCGUACACAGGCUCGAUUCGUUUCUGUAGCCAUGAAAGCAUCGGUUUUGGUGGUUCUCUUCUUCACCCUCAUCUUCUACGGGGCACUAUCUGUAGCAGGCAAAGAACGGGAGCUUGCCAAGUUGCCACCCAGGGGGUGGAAUUCUUAUGAUUCCUUUUCAUGGGCUAUCAAUGAACAAGAAUUCCUAGAUAAUGCUGAGAUCGUAGCUCAGAGACUACUGCCUCAUGGAUAUGAGUAUGCUGUGGUGGACUUCUUGUGGUUUCGGAAGAAUGUGGAUGGAGCGUAUGUUGAUUCCUAUGGCUAUGACAGCAUUGACGAAUGGGGCAGACCGUUCCCCGAUCCUGAAAGGUGGCCAUCCUCUAGAGGUGGCAAAGGAUUCAAAGAAAUUGCUCGCAAGGUUCAUGAAAUGGGUCUGAAGUUUGGAAUUCAUGUCAUGAGAGGAAUAAGUACAGAGGCAGUCAAUGCCAACACACGGAUCUUAGAUGUUGACACGAAUGGUGCAUAUGAGGAGUCUGGUCGACAGUGGUAUGCAACAGACAUAGGGAUGAAAGAUAAGACUUGUGCAUGGAUGAGCCAUGGAUUUAUGAGUGUUAAUACAGAUCUGGGAGCUGGAAGAGCCUUCCUUAGAUCUCUGUAUCGACAAUAUGCUGAAUGGGGUGUUGAUUUUGUGAAGCUUGACUGUGUGUUUGGAGAUGACUUGGAUACCCAAGAAAUAAUAACAGUUUCAAAGCUUCUAGAAGAGCUUGACCGCCCAGUGGUGUUCUCUAUCUCUCCCGGAUCAAGUGUGACUCCAUCCAUGGCUGAGGGCAUUAGUAAUUAUGUGAACAUGUACAGAAUAACCGGGGAUGACUGGGAUAGGUGGACAGAUGUUGUUUAUCAUUUUGACAUAUCAAGGGAUUUUGCUGCUGUGAAGAAGAUUGGAGCUGCAGGGUUGCAAGGAAGGUCAUGGCCUGACUUGGACAUGCUACCACUUGGAUGGCUUGCAGAUCCAAAUGCAAAACAUGGUCCUUACAGAAAAUGUAACCUUAGCCUUGAUGAACAGAAAACCCAGAUGACACUUUGGUCUAUGGCUAAAUCUCCUCUCAUGUUUGGUGGAGAUUUAAGGCACAUCGAUGAGAUCACAUUUGGUCUUAUCACAAAUCCUACUCUUUUGGAAAUAAAUUCUUACAGCACAAAGAAUAUGGAGUUUCCCUAUGUCUUCGCAAAAGAAGAUUUCAGAAGUACAAGUCAUGCUUCUACUCAUAGGUUUCUGAGUCAAGUGCUGGUGGAUACACCUGAUGACAAGGUGCUAGGUCUUACCAGCUGUAGCAAUGAAAAAGCAAAAGGAUGGUUUAUUGGAAGAAACCAUGGGAAGCUGGAUCAGAUAUGCUGCAAAUAUGACAUGAAAAACAGUGACCGUUUGUCAUAUUGCUUAUAUAAAAGAGGGGAAGAGAUUAUAUACAAACAAAAUCACCGAGAAAAAUUUCACUUAUUAGCAUCUGAGUCAAUGGAGGCUUGCCUAGAUGCAUCUGUGAACAGAAAACGUACAGCAUCAGAAAGAGAAAGCAUUUUAUUGUCCAGUUGUAGGAGGCAUGCCUCCCAGAUGUGGGGCUUAAAUGACAAUGGAACCCUUGUGAACACCUAUUCUGGUCUAUGUGCAACAACAAGUUCGGAGAAAGCUAAUACCAUGACUGGUGGAAUCCGAUCUUGGGUUGCAACAGGAAGAAGAGGGGAAAUUUACCUUUCAUUUUUCAACCUCAAUUCUUGGAGGAUGCAAAUAUCUGCAAGAAUAUCAGACUUGACUGCGGUUCUUGGCAGCAGCUUCAUCAGCAAAGGUUCAUGUAAUUGCAAAGAAGUUUGGAGCGGAAAGGACUUUGGUACAGUGAGACAGACGCUGUCAAUGAUGGUUGAGAAGCAUGGCUGUGCUUUAUUUGUAUUAAAUUGCAGAAGCUGACCUUGUCAUUUCCUAAAGAUAAUUUUUAUGUACCACGAGUGUGCUUGUCAAAAUUCUAGUGUGAAACAGAACUAUUGGACACUUGAUGAAAGUUCUUGAUUAAAUGAGAAAGUGGGAGUUAGUGUGGAGGGCUCUGCAUGA